AUGAAUAUUCUCAUCACCGGAGCCGCCGGGUUUAUCGGCCAACUUCUCGCAAAAGAACUUCUAAACCAUCCGGCGCACAAAGUCAUCCUCGUGGACAUCGUCGACCCUCCGGUCCCAGCAGGAGUGAAAUACCCCCAGAAUGCAAGGUCCAUCAAAACAGAUUUAGUAGACGGCGACAUCGAAAGCCUGGUCACCGAAUCCGCGCCUGACGCCGUAUACGCAUUCCACGGUAUCAUGUCUUCAGGUUCCGAGGCCAAUUUCGAGCUCGGCAUGAAAGCAAAUGUUGACGCAACGCGAGCUUUGCUCGAAGCUCUGCGCAAGAAAGCUUUCCCAGGUGUCCGAUUCAUUUAUUCGUCUAGCCAGGCUGUAUAUGGACAACCUCUGCCUAAAAUCGUGACGGACGACGUCAUACCUACACCCGAAUCAUCCUACGGCGCAGCAAAAAUUAUUUGUGAGACACUGGUCAAUGAUUAUACCCGUCGAGGAUUCAUCACCGGCUUCACGCUCCGGUUCCCUACCAUCUCGGUACGACCAGGAAAGCCGACUGCAGCGGCCUCUUCGUUUCUGUCUGGCAUGAUUCGGGAACCGCUCAAUGGCCAAGAGGCGAUUAUCCCUCUUGAGGAUCGAUAUUUUGAGUCAUGGCUCUGUUCCCCUCGCACAUUGGUGCGGAAUUUGAUUAUUACGCUUGGUUUGCCAGCAGACUGUGUACCGCCUCAUAUUCGUCAGAUCAAUGUUCCGGGCAUCUGUGUGACGAUCCAAGAUAUGAUGGAUGCUUUGGAGAAAGUCGGGGGCAAGGAUAAGUUGGCUUUGUUGAAGGAACAGGAGGACCCAAUUGUCAAGAAGAUUGUGCACUCGUGGCCGACGAGAUUUGAUAAUAGCCAGGCUAUCAAAUUGGGAUUCCAUAGAGACGAGUCAUUUGAGCAGGCUGUCAGAGAUUUCAAAGAGAUUUUAGAACAAUAA